UAAGAUUAUAACUAUCUUACAUUAUGGUUAUGUAGUUCUUUCUUAGAACUCACAUGAAAUCACACCGGCGCUAAUUCCAAGGACAUCUCAUCCCCAUUCCGUGGCAGACAUGCCCGAAUUCGAAUUCGUGAACGUGGCUCGUCCCGGCGACGUAAAACGCCACUCCACCAAAAUCCGUCGCCAUGUCAUGAAAGAUAUCGGCAAGGCGCGUCGGAAACCGCGGGCAAAGACGCGAAGAGAAGUGGUUAUUGGUGAGAGUAGUUCGCCCGCUGCUACGGACGGGGAUACACCACAGACGGGCAGCUCAUCUACAACUUUAAUUCUCCCAGAUCCAAGGGGGGACAGUAUAUUACAGACGCUACCGUAUCCGAUCGAUAUGAACGAGGAACGGUUAAGUCUGAUCCGAUAUAUUGUCGACGAAGCAAAAUCUCGCUAUAGACCAUUUCGAUUCACAUGGCUGACAAUGGGACUCUCGGAUGCGGCCGCUUGGCAUAUUACUCUUGCGAACGCCGCCUCGUAUCGUACUGCCAGUAAGCUACCGCCGGGGUCUACGGCGGAAUAUAGCUGCAGCGUCGAGGCUAUGAAGUGGUAUACGCUGUCGCUGGCGUCCAUUACCAAGAGGCUUGCGGAUCCUGACGAGAAAGACAAGGAGGGGCUUAUAGUUGCUAUUACGGGAUUUAUAUGCCACGACGCCACAAUAGGUAACUUCGAUCGCUUUCGUAUUCACAUGGAAGGCCUCCAGUGUAUCAUCAAUAAGAAAGGAGGUCUGGAAACGUUAAGCAGCCCGUUCCUGCGAUUUAUGAUAUCCUGGCUCGAUCUAAUCGGAGCAACAUACCACAACAUCAAGCCGCGCUUCAGCAUCCCAGCAGGUUCCAUCCGACAAAUCGAUACCGGCAACGACUCCCAGUACCUAGAGCAACUGCUCGCCUCCUGGGACGCGGACUGCCCCGCCCUAGGCGACAUCACGAGCGCCAUGAGGGCAACCGCCGCCGUCGCCAGCUACAUCAACCGGCGGCCCGCGGGCGACGCCUUCUGGACCGACGACGUGGCCAUCGCGCGGCUGCUCGGCCCGGCCUUCCACGCGAUCCUCUCGCUGGAGGGCCGCGCGCUGCCCGCUGACGCCGCCGACCCGGGGUACUCGGCGACGGCGGCGCGGGAGGCCUUCCGGCGCGCGGCGCUGGUAUUCCUGGCCGCGGUGAAGGUGGCGAUGGGCGCGGGCGCGCCCGAGAUGCACAGGCAUCUGGACGCGUUCAGGCAGAUCUCGCAGCUGCCGCUCGUGGACUGGGGCGUAGUGCCCGAGUUGAACCUCUGGGCUCACGUCGUCAGCGCGAUGCAGGAGGAGAGUCCGGGCCGGGCGUGGCACGUUCUGACGAUCGUGGGGAUUAUGGAGAGUAUGGGCUUGCGGACUGGUGGGCAGGCUGUUGGUAUUGCGCGGGGGGUCAUUUGGGUGGAUGUGGUCGAUGGGGGGAAGGCGGAUUUGCUGUGUCGUGAGAUUGAUGGGUAUUUGGAAGCUAGUAGUAUGUUGCGAGGAAUGGGAGAUGGGCCUUUGCCUUUGGAUCAUCGGCUUGGUAGGUUUUCUGGAGAUGUUGGGAGCUGAGAGGAGUACUUCGGAUACUACUGAGCUGCGAACUAUUCGGAUGGGGGGAGGGGGGAUAACGGAAUAGAUUAUGUGAGAAUACCCCUAUACAGCUGACAACUGAUACAUAUUAAAUGUAGACAAACUACCCCUUUUCGCUGUACCUACACCACUCUUAGCCCGGCUUAACCCAAAAACACAUCCUUCCUUAACAUAUCAUACAAGUCAAACCUCACCUACUCCCCGUAAUCCCGGCAUCAGCAGCAAUAAACUGCCCCGUCAC